CCACUAAGCUCUUUCAUUUCAGCAGCAGGGGUGUCUGCCAUUGCGCAGCAGCCAACUAGGUGAAGAUGGAAAAUCCAGCAGCAGGAAGGAUGCUUCAAUAGGCCGGGGUCUGAGUUUGUUUCUUCACAUUAAAAAAAACCCCACUGGACAUCGCCAUCUCCUGCCCAGCUCCCCCGCUGUGGUCUGUCUCAGAUAUAUUGUCGCCCCCCCCCUCCCCUCCUCCUUAAUCUCCCAGAUUGUCGGCGACUUGCUGCAGUCGAUGCUGCAGUUUUGAGCCGCUCCUGCGCCGGGACAGCUGACUCAAUGAGAAAGACAUGCUCGCAUUCGUUCUGGUCUCUGGGUCGCUCUGGAUUAUAUUAGAGCUGAGUUCCACCCUGAUGGAGAAGAUGCAGGCCAAGGAGAUGAUGAGCGGCCUGAGGAUACCGGAGAUGGAUGAGUUGGGACAGUUCUUUCGAUCCCUGCCGACCUCCACGCUGGUGGGCAUCGGCGCUCUGACUGCAGUGCUGGCGUAUUGGUUGGCCACCAGACCCCGCCCCAUCAAGCCACCCUGCGACCUGCUGCACCAGUCUGAGGAGGUGCUGCAUGAAGAUGGAGGUCGCCGCUCCAUGAUGGGUGACAGCUCCAAGCUGCUGACUCAUUACCACGAUGAUGCCAGGACCAUGUACGAGGUCUUCCAGAGAGGCCUCCACAUAUCUGGUGAUGGACCUUGCCUAGGCUCCCGGCUCCCUAACCAGCCUUACAAAUGGAUAUCCUACAAAGAGGUGACAGCCCGGGCUGAGCAUCUGGGCUCAGGCCUUCUGCACCAGGGCUGCCAGCCCAACCCCAACCAGUUCAUUGGAGUGUUCGCACAAAACAGGCCAGAGUGGAUCAUCUCAGAGCUAGCUUGCUACACUUACUCCAUGGUGGUGGUUCCCCUGUAUGACACACUGGGUCCAGAUGCCAUACGGUUCAUCAUUAACACUGCUGACAUCUCCACGGUCAUCUGUGACAAAGUGGAGAAAGCUCAGGUGCUUCUGGAGAACGUGGAGCGGAAGGAGACUCCGGGUCUGCAAAGAAUCAUCCUGAUGGAUGACUUUGACUCCGCCCUCGUGGAGCACGGCAAGAGCUGCGGCGUCCACGUUCAGGCCAUUCAGGAAGUUGAGGCUCUGGGCAGAGAGCACCACAGAAAACCUGUACCACCAGCACCAGACGACCUGUCCAUUGUGUGUUUCACCAGUGGAACCACAGGAAACCCAAAAGGAGUCAUGCUCACCCAUGGGAAUGUGGUGGCAGAUUUCUCCGGCUUCCUCAAAGUAACAGAUAAAGUUAUCUUUCCCAACCAAGAUGAUUGCCUCAUUUCCUUCCUGCCACUGGCUCACAUGUUCGAGAGGCUCAUCGAGUCUGUGGUGUACUGCCACGGAGGACGGAUCGGGUUCUAUCAGGGUGACAUCCGUCUCCUCCCAGACGACAUGAAGGCCCUGCGGCCGACCAUUUUCCCCGUGGUGCCUCGACUGCUCAACCGCAUGUACGACAAGAUCUUCAGCCAGGCUAACACCCCGUUGAAGCGCUGGCUGCUUAACUUCGCUGCCAAGAGAAAAGGUGCUGAAGUCAGCAGCGGGAUCAUUCGCAGCGACAGCUUGUGGGACAAAAUCUUCUUUAGUAAGAUUCAGGCCAGCCUCGGAGGAAGACUGAGGAUGAUUAUAACAGGAGCGGCUCCCACCUCGCCUUCUGUCCUGGGAUUUCUCAGAGCAGCUCUGGGAUGCCAGGUGUACGAGGCGUACGGCCAGACAGAGUGCACAGCUGGCUGCACCUUCACCACACCUGGAGACUGGACCCCAGGUCACGUCGGGGCCCCGCUGCCAUGUAACCUCAUCAAACUGGUGGAUGUUCCUGAGAAGAACUACUUUGCCUCUAAGGGAGAGGGAGAGGUUUGUGUGAAGGGACCAAACGUGUUUAAGGGCUACCUCAAAGACCCAGAGAGGACGGCAGAGACGCUGGACCCAGACGGCUGGCUUCACACCGGAGACAUCGGCAAAUGGUUACCUAAUGGCACACUGAAGAUCAUUGACAGGAAGAAGCACAUCUUCAAGUUGGCGCAGGGCGAGUACAUCUCUCCUGAGAAGAUCGAGAACAUCUACAUCAGGAGUGAGCCUGUGGCACAGCUCUAUGUUCAUGGAGACAGCCUGCAGUCCUGUUUGGUAGGAAUUGUGGUUCCUGACCCUGAAGUCAUGCCUGAAUGGGCCAGGAAAAAAGGCAUAAUUGGCACCUACAAGGACCUUUGUAAAAACACGGAAUUGAAAAAGGCAGUGCUUGAAGAUUUGGUGCGUCUGGGCAAGGCCAGUGGCCUCCACUCUUUUGAACAGGUGAAGAACAUCUACAUCCACAACGAGAUGUUCUCUAUUGUAAACGGCCUCCUGACCCCGACGCUAAAGGCCAAGAGACCAGAGCUGAGGGAGUUCUUCAAGGAGAAGAUCGACCGCCUAUACAGCAGCAUCUCCAUGUGAAGGCCGGCAGACCUCAUUUUCCUUCAAGCAUCUUUGAUCUGCUUUGACCAUUGACCUGCAGUGGGACAAAGUUGUGACACCUUAGACUUAACGUGCUUUGGGAAAGCAAGAAGCCAAACCUGUCCCUCCUGUGGAAGAUUUAAAAUGCCUGAAUGAAAACAAAUCAAAGAAAUAAAGUGAAAUACAAUAACUACAUACACCCGAAAGCAUAUGUUAAAAUAAUUUCUGUUAUCAUCAUUAUUAUUAUCAUGGUAGUGAAUUUUUCAUGCUGCAUAAAAACAAAUCAAAUAAGAAAACAAAGUAGUACAUUGCAGUGUUGCUCAGCAGAGGGCAGUAUAAACCUGCCGACACUUAAAACAAAGUGCUGUUAACGAGUUGACACGAGGGGAGGUCCAACAGAGCUUUUUCUUUUUUGAAAUGGAAACAGAAUGUAUAUGCCUCAAUUGUAUUGCACUUUGUUUCUUUGAUUUGUUAUCUUCUUAUUUCAUUUUAAAUUUCCCAGACAUUGCUACGUGCUACCCACCUAUACAAACCAUCAAACGCUCUGCCCCUGGCAGCAGAAAAUCAUCAGCACAUUUAUGUUGAGCACUCCACUCCUACUUCCCUUCUGUCCGCUUCUCCCCUCUUCUCCAUCAGUUUAAACCCCCCCACCAGCCAAACACAAUCUAACUCCACAGUCGUACGACAGCAAGUGUGAUGUCUUUGUGUGUAGUGUAGCUCAAGGAGAUGUCUUGCUGAUACCUUGUGGGAAAGUAAUGGACUUCAUCUUCAGUGGAAAACAGAUUUUCCUUUCAUCGAACAAGCUGCUGACAGCAGUGCCACCGAGCAGGGCCUGACAAAGAUUAUACUCUUGACCCAGACAUUGUGCAAUUUGACCAAAACCUCACCCUGAUGUUAGAGGUCAGAAUGAAGGUAGAGAGAGUAGCAGCUCCUGCCUUACAAAUCAUUGCUGUCUGCGAUUCUCCAUGUAGAGCAUCUUGAUGUCUUUAGCCACCUGCAAAUCACAGUUCAUGUCAUGUAUCCACACAUUCAGUAAGUCACCUCUACAUGGACGCGAUCGGCAGUUUAGCAUGCAUGCUCCUUGUUUACGUGAAGGACUGGCCCACUCUAACAAUCAUCAAUGUUCACGCUCUACAGUCAGUUCUAUCACAGCUUUCUCUACAUCCAUCCUUGCACAAAUAGUAUGUCAGGUAAAAGACUUCAAAAAAAAAAGAGAUGAUGCAAAACCAGGGCUCAGGGCAAUGCAUGCAGUUUGCCCUGCAAUGCUGGCACCGUUAGCAUUCGACUUGAAAACGAUGAGUAUUUGUUUGUGGCCAUUACUAGCAGGUUGUACGCAGCUGCCACUGCUGCUAGUGCAAGGCUUUGUAAUGUAGGCAGAGCUGAUCAGUUCUACUCACUGGAGGAAAAUAGGACCACCAUUGACUUUUAAACAAGAUAAUACUUUUUAUUUGGAGGGUUUACUCAUAGAAGUAAUGUAUAGGCUUUUUAAGUUGAUUACCGUCCCAAAGCAUAAACAAUGUGGAUGUACAUAAAUGAGGACAGCUAGAUGUAAGCAUAUUUAUUAAAUCAAUGGUUUGAAUGGAUUUUUUUUCUCUCUUUUUGCGUGUAGUGAGAUGAAUUGUACUUAUUUAUUUAUCUAUUCUGCUGUAAAAUGGAAUCAGCACCAUAUCCUUGUAAUGAUUGAGUGCAGCAAUAGGGAUGAGGGUGGUUGGGGAAUAGGACAAGGGUGAUGAAA